AUGGCCCCCUUGGCUCAGACCCUGGCACUGCUGGCAAUGACCAUGGCCACUGCAGCCAUUAAGGUGGUGCCCCUGGACAUGGCCCUGGACUCCUUUGAUGACCAGUACCUGAAGUGUAGGGAUGAAAUGACCAAGCAGCUGCCGGAACUCAAGCGCUCUGAUUUCCUCAAGAAUGGCACAUUUGAAAAGAUCUGGAAAAAGGCCACAGCUGAGUGUGAGAAACCAGGCUCCUGUUCAUCCACUCUGACCAAAGACCAGGCCAUAGCCCUCAUGGUCUAUACAAUGGGGGAUGUGUAUAAGGAGUUCAAUGAUGCUGUGCGCAAGGCUGGAAAUUCCAGACAGGAAUACCGGGACAAGUUCUACUUCAAAACUCUGCAUUUCCUGCUGACCGACGUCCUCCAGAAGCUGAAGCUGAGACGCCCUAAGGAGUGUCUGGAUGUGUUCCGGGGGGUGAAGGACUACCAGUUUAAGGUGAACACUGGCGCUAUAAUCCGCUUCGGUCAAUUCGCUUCGUCAUCGCUGGACAAAACGGUGGCCCAGGGUUUUGGGACAGACACGAUGUUCAAGGUGCAAACGUGCCACGGAGCCGACAUCCACAACUUCUCCUUCAAAAAAUAUGAGAAGGAGGUGCUGAUCCCGCCCUUUGAGACCUUUGAGGUCACCAAAGUCAAGAUGGAAGGAAGCGGGUUGAACAUUGAGCUUCGCUCCACUGGGACCUUCAGCAAGUACAACUGCGAGUGGCUGCGAGGUGGGAGUCUCGCCAGGAAUUCUCCCCACCUUGGGGGGCUUCUCCUGGCUACCGUGGCCAUGGCAGUGGCCAUUGGAACCCUCUGA